AUGAUCGCUUGGUUCUUGUUAGGAAGUGCCAUAGCCUAUGGCUUGGUCAUCACAAUAUACCGCCUGCACAUCCACCCACUCAGCAAAUUCCCCGGGCCUCGGUUGGCAGCAUUGACGGGACUAUACGAGGUGUUUUGCACUGCUUGGGGAGCUGAUUCAUUCGAUGACGAAAUCGACAGAAUGCAUCAAAUCUACGGUGAUAUCUCCUACCAUUCGCAAUACCGAAUGGCUGAUCCUGUACUGACAUCUUCGAAAGGUCCCGUCGUCCGUAUCACCCCCGACGAGGUUCACGUCCAGGAGCAAUUCUACAACCCCUACUCUGCCGAUCGUUGGAUCAAAGGCACCAAGGUUCUAGAUGCUGCCAGUCGCCAAUCGGGAGACACCACCCAACGCUUCCAAAGCAGGAAGCGAUCGAUUUGGCAGCUGCGAUCAAUCUUUCAAGUCGAGGUCCAUCAGAUCAUCCGGGGCCUGGUCCGCAAGCACCAAGUGCAUCGAGUGUUCAGCUGGAGGGUUGGUCCCGUCAUCCCAAUAACCGAGCUCCGUGGGACGCAAGCUGGAUCCUCGGAUGUAAGCAAUCUAGAAGACGGAUCUCCAAUCGCCUCAGAUCCGGCGCGGGGCCGAUCGAUGUCCAGGUCCGGCCAGGAGUGCAAGGACCAGCUCCCCACGCCGGAUAAGACAAGCCCACGGACAUGGUAUCCGCAGGGAUUCAGCGGGCAAGCAUGGUAUUCGCCGACGCAGGGGACGAGCAGUCGAAGUCUGCCGUUUUGA